AUGCUGGCCAUAUAUAAAGGCUGCAUUUGGUCAUACGUCUCAAAGCUCUUGACAGUCGAAUUCACUGGGGGCAGUAAACGAUGCAACAAGCAUGCUCGAGCUGCAAUUCGCUUGGGCUUCAACGAUGCAGGUACUUGGUCCAGCAAGCUCGCCGCAGCGGGUCAAGACUUUGGUGGAGCCGAUGGCUCGAUCGUGCUGGCCGCCGCAGAGAUCAAGAGGCCAGACAAUAAUGGUCUACAGAACAUCGUCAAGAAGAUGAAGACCUGGCAGAAGCUCUUUGGCGUGGGUAUGGCGGAUCUUAUUCAGUUCGCUGCGGUUCAUGCAGUAGUGACUUGUCCGCUCGGACCACGAAUCCGGUUCUUCGCUGGCAGGAAAGAUAGUUCGAAGGCUGCGGUUGAUGGACUGCUGCCCUCGGCUAGGGGUACUGCGGAGGAAGUCAUCAGCUUGUUUGAGGACAAGACGAUCUCACCUCACGAGCUUCAGUUCAACUUCGACAAGAACAAGAAAGGUGCGCCUCAGGAUAGUACACCCGGCGUGUGGGAUGUCAAAUGCUACAACGAGACUGUGGGAACUGCUCCAAAAGAGAUAGUUCGCUUUCCUGCUGAUGUCGCUCUGGCGGCCGACUCCCGCAUGAGCAAUGAGUGGACGAAGUUUUGGCAAGGCAAUGGGUUAGGACAAGAUUAUUGGAAUGCUGACUAUGCCACUGCCUACACUCGACUUAGUCUGCUUGGUGUCAAUAACAUCAACAAUCUGACGGAGUGUAGCAAAGUACUCCCAAAGGUCCGGCCGGUGUUUGCGGGCGCGAGUAAGAAGUUGAUAGAUGAUUGA